UGCUGGUCUGGCAGACAGGGGUCUGCGUAGGGCCCUCACUGGGCCAUGGGGACAGAAAGCCAGGUGGUGGUGUGCCCAGUGUUGCGGGGCAGAAUUACAACAUGUGGCCCUGUGGCUUUGGGUGACAGGUCCACAUUCCAAGCAAGGUACAAUAUAUGCAGAGUUUGUUAGAUGUGGGGUUUUAGGCAUGUUUUAUACCAGUAUGUGUUUUCUUCUACCGACUGUACAUAUGAACUAUUUAUGAACUGUUGUUUUCUGCAUAGCUAGCUGGUGUAAGUGCUCUGGACGGCACCAGAGUGUAGGGUGUAUGUGCCUGUUUGGAAGGGGCGGUUAUUUACCUUCGAGUUGGAAGGUGUCACUUCUGGGUCCCAUUUCUGUGCUUCUGAGAUGUGGCCCAGUCUUGGUGAGGAUGGCCCCGCUGGAAGGGUUCCUGUGUCUAUGUGAUGAGUGAGUUGCAUGGGGCGGGGGGUGUGUACAUGUCUAGAACUCAGGUAUCACCUAUCAGGAGGGACUUGAAAAACCGUAGGAUGUGAAAAACCACAGGUACCUGUGGAGCCGCUGGUACUGGUGUGACGGGCUCUGGGUGGGAUAUGCAGGUCGUGUUUAUGGGAUCGUGGGCAGCCUAGUGAAGGGAAGGCUGUGUGUGUGCAACAUUCUCUAGGGAAUUCUUUUGUGACAUUGUUUGUGGGGAGCCUGUCCAUGCUGUUGGGCUCGGAGGCGAGCUGCUCAGAAAACACUGUGGGGAGGGAGGUGGCGUGACAAGGACAUGUGGGCCUCAGCGUCGAGAGAUCAGCCGCAGGCUGUGUGUGCGUGCCUGCCUUUUGUGUGUUUAAAUGGCCUUGUGGGGCUGCUGUGGGGCUAUGUUAGGAAGGAGGCAGGGAGAUAAAUAUGGGGCAGAGCAAGGGCAGCAGGCGGGAGGCUUGGGUGUCGUCUGGGUGGCCCAGCUAGUCUUUGUGCAGGGUCUAUGAGCUUGCCUCUCACUGGCCUGCCCAGCGAGUUCAGGGUCACUGGGAGGAGAGGCCUGGCGGCUGCAAGGAAACUGAGCUUGGACAGAGUGACUCCUUGGUCAUGUUUACGUAAAGGUCGGGUGUGACUCUUGUCACUGAAAUGGAAAAAAGAAACACGAAGUUUUCAGCCUCCUCCUCCUGCUUCACCCUUUCUCGGCCCCCCUUGCCGGUAUCUCUGCUUUUCCAUCUCUUCUGUGACGCACACUGGGCAGCUCCUGUGACUGUGGAAGGGUCUGAAUUCGCUCACUAGGCAGAUUCCUCAGAGCAGGUUUUCCGUACCUUUGGGGCCUGGGCGCUUCUGUAGACGUGUGUGUGAGUGGGGUGGGUGAAUGGUGUGUGUGCAUUCCAAACGUGCACACCACUGGGUACUGCCCCUAGCCUGGCCAGGAUGGUGGACAUGCAUGGAUGGUGGGAAGGCACUAUGGCUGGGCCUCCUGCGGGGAGGGGUUGCUAGGUGCUGUGAAAGGCCUGUACAACAGGUGUACCCCUGCCUGGCUGAAGGGAAAGGGGCCUAGACUAGAACUGAGUGGUUCUGGCCCUACUGCUUCCUCACUGGAACUUUCCCUGAAUGAGCCUCAGUUCUUGAUCUGUAAAAUGGGGUGAAUUGCCUGCCCUGCCUAUCUUCCAACAGGGUUAUAAGUAAGUAGUACCUGGGAAAUACACCUGGAAAGUUGCUACAGUUCAGGGACUAUGCCUGCGCCAGCAACCAUCAGCCAUCUGCCAGCGCUGAGCCCAUGUCGGUGCUGGGCUAAUAACAAGAGCAGUAAACACUUACUUAACACUUACUGUGUACCCAGGCACUGUUCUCAGCUUUUACGUAUGAUCGCUCAUUUAGUCUUCGCAGUGCCCCAUGGAAGUAGGUAUUCUAAUUAACUCUCUUCUUCAGAUGAGACAGCUGAGGCCCAGAGAAGUGAUUUGCCUAAUGCCACUCGGUAAAAGGUAAAGCUAGAUUUGAACUUAGGCAGUCAGGUUCCAGAUCCUGUGCUCUUCUACGCUGUCCUCUGCUGCCCUUCUGAAGUCUUCUGUGGGCCACUCUGUACACACAUUUCUCCCUAAUUUUUGUGUAACUUAACACCUGCACCAUUCCAUUUUAGAAGACCUGUGUGCCUAGUAACUCAGGGAAUCUUAGCCUGGGGAAUGAACUAAUAUCUGCUGCUGGUUGCUGGCCACAGAGGCAAAAAAUGCUGAUGAACCAGAUGAAGGAAAGAUUGACUUUGUCCUGUGGGUCAAAGAGGGCCAAGAAGGAGAUGGCAUUUGAGUUUGAUCUUAACACUUCAGAGGGCUUUGGGAAAGAGGCUGGGACAGGUUGUAUUUCUGACAGGGGGACCAGCAUAGGCAAGGGAAUGGAGAUACGGGAUGCACUGAGUUUGGAUAGAGCACUGGGUGCUUGAAGGGAGACUAACAGGCAAGAUUAGAAAGGCAGAUUGGAACUAGACCCUUGAAUGCCUGGCUGAGGAAUUUGAACUUUAUUUGGGAGUGAGUGGGGACCAGUGAAGGAUUCUGAGACUAGGAGUAAAACCACCUGAGCUGCACUGGGGACAUUGACCUUCAGUGAGAGGAAGGCUGGAUGGUAAGCAUGAGGCAGGAAAAUAGUUGGGAGGCUGUGGCCUUAGACCGUGUGAGUGUUAACAAGGCCCUGCGCUAGUUUGGGGGCCAGAGGUGGGUCGAAGGGAAGGCUUCCAGAGCCAUUCCCAAGCUGGGCUGCAGAUUUGACUGGACUUGGUGACUGCUGGAUGUUGGGAGGGAGGGAAAGGAGAGUCAGACAUGACGCAGUUAGCAUUUAGCACGUGAGACCUGGUGUGGUGAUUUCUGCAACCCGCUGGCUGGCCCUAGGCCCCUUCGGGGCAGGAUCCAGCAGUACGGCAGAGGGAAAGACUCAGCAUCUGGAUUCACACAGGCCCGGAUUUGAAUUUUGACUCUGCUGCUCACAAACUGUGUGACCUUGAGCAAGAUCUUCAACUGAAAAAUGCGACCCCACAGCCCUGGCUGUGCCUGAGGGGGAGAGCGGCAGUGAGGGGCCUCCUGCGUGGUGACGGCCACAGCCCGAGUUUGGGUUGCCUCCUGUUCCUUUUGGAAGAGCCUCCCAGGAAGAGAGGGAAGAGGCCCGGCAGAAGGGACUUGCUGAGCCACCCCCCUUCUGCUCCAUGUUGGCUGUGCUCUCAGGCUGGCGCCAUGCCCCCCCCAGCAGAGGUGACGGACCCAUCCCAUGCCCCCGCUGUCCUGCGCCAGCUCAAUGAGCAGCGGCUCCGUGGCCUCUUCUGUGACGUCACCCUCAUAGCCGGAGAUACCAAGUUCCCUGCUCACCGCAGCGUCCUGGCUGCUUCUAGUCCCUUCUUCAGAGAGGCCCUGCUUGCUUCAGCUCCACUGCCCCUCCCACCAGUUAUUGGGGGCUCAGCCCCAAACCCUGCUGCCACCACAGCUGCCUCCUCUUCUUCCUCUUCCUCUUCCUCCUCCUCCUCCUCCUCCUCUUCUCCCCCUCCAGCCUCACCCGUGGCUUCAUCCCCACCCCGGGUCCUAGAGCUGCCAGGGGUCCCAGCAGCUGCCUUCUCUGAUGUCCUCAACUUCAUCUAUAGUGCCCGGCUUGCACUACCUGACGGUGGAGGGGAUGGGGCAGCUGUGGCAGAGAUCGGAGCUCUGGGGCGGCGUCUGGGCAUCUCUCGCCUACAGGGCCUUGGGGAGGGAGGUGAUGCCUGGGUACCUCCUGCCCCAGCCCCCAUGGCCACCUCACAGCCUGAAGAGGACAGCUUUGGGUCUGGGCCUAAGCCAGCCGGGGAGUGGGAGAGGGACAGGGCUGAGGCCCAGGCCCCUGACUUGCAGCCCUCCCUGCCACGACGGCCUCUCCCCUGUCCCCGAUGUGGAAAAAGCUUCAUCCAUCCCAAGAGGCUGCAGACCCAUGAAGCACAGUGUCGUAGGGGCAGCAGCACUAGGGGUUCUGCAGGGCUGGGAGCCGGGAGCUCUGGCCCUAGUGGCCCCACAGGAGUGGAUGCCUCAGCCCUGCCCCCCACAGUGGGCUUCAGAGGUGGCCCAGAGCACCUGGUGAAGGUGGUGGGCGGCCAUGUGCUGUAUGUGUGCGCGGCCUGUGAGCGUUCCUACGUGACCCUGUCCAGCCUGAAGCGGCACAGCAAUGUACACUCCUGGCGGAGGAAGUACCCCUGCCGCUACUGUGAGAAGGUGUUCGCCCUGGCUGAGUACCGCACCAAGCAUGAGGUGUGGCACACCGGGGAGCGCAGGUAUCAGUGCAUCUUCUGCUGGGAGACCUUUGUCACUUACUAUAACCUGAAGACCCACCAGCGAGCCUUUCAUGGCAUUAGCCCAGGCCUCCUAGCCAGUGAGAAGACACCCAAUGGAGGCUAUAAGCCCAAGCUCAAUACCCUCAAGCUGUACCGUCUGCUCCCCAUGCGGGCAGCCAAGCGACCCUACAAGACCUAUAGCCAAGGAGCCCCUGAGGCCCCUCUUUCUCCAAGCCUCAACACACCGGCCCCUAAAGCAAUGCCAGCCAGCUCACCCCCUGGACCCCCACCUGCCCCAGAGCCUGGGCCCCCGCCCUCUGUCAUCACUUUUGCCCACCCAGGUCCGUCUGUCAUUGUUCACGGGGGCAGUAGUGGUGGUGCAGCAGGGGCUGGGCUGGCCAGCACAGGGGGUGCCCAAGCCGCCUCGGUCAUCACUUACACUGCUCCACCAAGACCCCCCAAGAAACGUGAGUACCCACCUCCUCCCCCAGUGCCUGCACCCACACCAACCAGCCCAGCCACAGCAGGCAGCCCAGCAACAGCUGCAGGGCCCGCCAUGGCCACGGAGGAGGCCAAAGGCCGCAGCCUGCGGGCCGGAAGGACUCUGACCUACGUGGCCAAGCCAGCUGGUGGGAUUGGUGGGGAUGGAGGUCCUCCUGCAGGGCCUGGCCGGGGUCCUCAGCUACAGGUGCCACCUCCACUGUGUCAGAUAACUGUGCGAAUAGGCGAGGAGGCCAUUGUGAAGCGCCGCAUCUCAGAGACUGACCUGCGUCCUGGGGAGCUGAGUGGAGAGGAUAUGGAGGACAGUGAGGAGGAGGAUGAAGAGGAGGAGGAGGAGGAAUCGAAGGCUGGCGGAGAGGACCAACUCUGGAGGCCCUACUACUCAUACAAGCCCAAGCGCAAGGUUGGAGCUACAGGCUCAGGCAGCAGUGGGGGCAGUGGGAUGCCCAGAGGCCGCAGGCCACCACGCUGGAGACAGAAGCUGGAACAGAGGAGCUGGGAGGAGACCCCAACAGCUGAUGGCCCUGCAGGGCGUGCCUGUGGUGAGCGGAGGCACCACUGUGGGGACUGUGCCCAAACGUUUGCCACCCUGAGGAAGCUGCGAAAGCACCAGGAGGCCCACAGUGGGGGCUCCCACACCUCCCGGGCUGGACGGAGACCUUCCACCCGCUUCACCUGCCCUCAUUGUGCCAAGGUGUGCAAGACGGCAGCUGCUCUGAGCCGCCAUGGACAGAGGCAUGCUGCUGAGAGGCCUGGGGGCACCCCCACACCUGUCAUUGCCUACUCCAAAGGCAGCACUAGUACCAGACCUGGGGAUGUCAAGGAGGAGGCCCCCCAAGAGAUGCAAGUCUCUUCAUCCAGCGGGGAGGCAGGUGGUGGGAGUGCUGCUGCUGAGGAAGCUUCUGAGACUGCAUCACUUCAGGACCCUGUCAUCUCAGGGGGUGAGGAGCCCCCAGUGGUGGCAGGAGGGGCCACCUAUGCAUACCCCCCUGUGCAGGAAUUUCCACUGGCUCUGAUUGGAAGUGGCCGGGAACCUGGUGGUGGUAGGGGAAAACCUGGGAGUGAGGGGCAAGUGGGGGCUGGGGAGGGGGACCGGAGGGAAGGGAUAGGAGCUGCCAAAGUCACAUUCUACCCCGAGCCCUACCCACUUGUCUAUGGCCCCCAGCUCCUUGCUGCCUACCCUUAUAACUUCAGCAACUUGGCUGCUCUCCCUGUUGCUCUUAACAUGGUCCUACCUGAUGAGAAGGGUGGGGGGGCCCUUCCUUUCCUACCAGGGGUCUUUGGCUACGCAGUUAAUCCUCAAGCAGUACCCCCCUACUCCCCCCAACUCCACCCCCCCCAAACUCUUCCUCCACCAGUCCCCCCUAAGGGAGAAGGUGAAUGGGCAGGGGUUGAGGGAACCCAGAAGGGAGAUGUUGGGUGAGCUCUGUGCCUGGAUCUCCCCUUUCACCAGAUGCCACCCUCCCUGAACCCCCUGCCACUACCAGCUCCCUGGCCUCCCUACCCCUUGGGAACUCCUUCACACUCUUGUGCAGGAACUUUGGGGCCCUUGGAGCUCAGGAGUCAGGCUGCUUUGUGUGAGAUUGUAGUUUUCCUAUCUCUUGGGAAGGGAUCUUUGGUGGUUCCCCUCUCAGUUCUCCUCCAGGGAAUGGCCUCCAUGAGGGGCAGGGCCAGCUCCCAUCCCCUUCUCCAGCCCUUGGGGCAACUGAGCAAUAUACUUAUAUGAAUCUCUACUCAUGGCCCCCACCAGCUCUGAAUGUCUAAUCCACUCCCCUGAUUUGUAUACCUAGGGGGAAACCAUCUCUCUCACCUAAUGAUCCCCCCUCAUUCUGAAGCUUUCUCUAAGACCUAGCCCAGAUGCUUCCUAGCACAUUCCAUUCUUCAUGGCCCAGGGCCUGGACCAGACCAUUGUGAUACCUGACACCCACCUUGGAGCCACCUUGGAGCUUGGCUUUGGAUUCUAUUCUUCCGAUGGUGGAUUUCUGUGUCCCUUUCCUUCAAGUUAAGAUGCCAUGCCUUCCUUGGCUUCCAUGCCUUUGGAUCUUCCAUAUUCCUCCUCACACUCCUACACUCUGGAGAUGGCCUCUCCCAGUCCAGGUCAAGGAGGUGUUGGGGAGGAGGGCUACCCAUUUGUUUCUUCCCCAGCCCAGGGCAGCACCAAUCUUGGCUCUAUCUUGACCCCCAAAUCCAGUGAGCCCUAGAUUCUUCCAAGGCAAAAGAGGUGAGUAUAUCAUACCUCUUUUUGCCUCUAUAUAUGGCCUCUUCUGGGCUAAAUCAGGUUUGGGGGCUAGGAGGUAGGAGCUCCUUUUGGGAUGGGGAAGGGAAUCUACUUUCUCCCUGUUUUCUCCUGAUGGUUUCUCCCAGAUUAGACCAAAUAGCCAGAAAAAUAAUGGGGGUUGGAUGGGUGGGUAAGCCCAAGAUUUGCACAUGACCUCCCAUCCUUACCUUUACCCCCUUCUUCCCCAGUGUCACUUCCCUCACCAAUCACCCCAGAUGGUUUUGGGGAAACCAUACUAUUCCCUUGGUGGGCUCUGGGGUAUCCCCCACCAACUUUCCCUCCAGAAUAGCACCUUAUACCCCAUCUUUGAUUCAGUUCCCCAUACCCAAAGAUCCCAGCCUAGGAAUGGGGUGCAGGGACCUUAAAUAGUCUCUAAUCCCUAAUUUGCACUAGUUAACCCUGGUCAGGGUCCCUAUGUUUCCUUCCAGGGGGGAGUUGAAGAAAUGUUUGCUUCUAAUUCUCUGGUAACUGGGCCUCCCCACUCUGUGAUCGGAUGAAACAUUUCCCAUCCCACCCACCUCCCUUCCCCACAAAAAAACACCCAGCUCACAAGGGGAGAGCCAGUUUUGGGGAGCGAAUUUGAUAAAUGGGAAUUAGAGGAGUGCAGUUCAAAAAGGGAAAAGUAGCUGUCAUCAAAAUGUCAGCCUUUUUCCCAGCUACUGUUUUCUGGGGCCAAGAUGGCUGCCCUCUCAACAGAUGUUGAAAGGGCAAGAUCAUGGCUGUUAGAGGGAGGUGAACUUGUGGGGAGGGACAGGAGCAUCCUCCUGCCUCCUCUUAGCCUCCCAGACUAUACAAAAGGGGAGGUUUUUGACAGGCUCCCUGAAUGUUAACCAUGGAGGAGUGUCACUCCUUCGCUACUCCUCUGUCUCUUUGCACUUUUCUUGGUCUUGGCCACAAUCCGAGUGGAGAGUUUUCCUACUGAAUGUACCAAGUUCCAAUUUUUAUGGGAGGAAAAAAACAAUUUUAAACAGGGAAAAAUGCAAAAAAAAAAUCACUAAAAUGUUCCCACAAAUCUUGUUCCUGGCACUUUAGAAAAACUGCGGAAAAAGUACAUAAUAAAGGAUACAUAUAUAUAUAUAUCUACACACAAAGUAUAUAUAUACACACAGCGGAACCACAAGAGAGACUGAGGAAGGCCUUGGAGGCAGGGGGCAGAUGGGAUGAUAGUCCCCUUAUAUCCUUAACCUGAACUCCUCUGAGGCAAAAAGGCACAGGAAAUGGAAGGGGAUGAGGAUGGACCAGGGAAUUUGAAUUUCAGGACAGGUCGAAGUUCUAAAACUAUUUUGGGAGAACAGAUUGUAGACAUUUAUUUUUUUGAAAAUAUCAUUUAGGAAAAGUAAGUUUCCAGAAUUUGGUAGUUCUGUGCAACACAUGAGAUUGUGAUGAAAUGGACAUUAAAAGAUAUGGGGAACUUGAAUAUUGUGAAUUUCAGAUGUUGGAAAUUUGGGGUUUUGCAAUUUCAUCUUUUGAAAACUACCAACUCUUGUCAGUUUGCGCCCUCUUUCCCCAUGUUCCCUGGGAAGAAUGGUGAUGGUGGAGGGGAAGGCCACUGGUUCUGUGCCACAGCACGCAAGAUUUAGAAUUCUGCAGACUCUAGCUCUAUAUGUAGUGAGGACCCAGAUUUAGAGAAACUGACCAAUAUUUAUCUCCGCAUUUGUGUGUGUGUCCAACUCUCUAGGCCAAUAAACCAACGAGACAAAUGAA